CUUUUCUUGAGUUCUGAGAAGUAAUUUGCAGGUUCAGUUCAGCCGGCAAAAGAUGGACCUGUCGGUCCUACCGAAUAAUAACCACCCGGAGAAGUUCCUCCAGUUGGACGUGAAGACGCUGCCGGGACGCCAUGGCAUGCUCCACGUGGGCGUCGCGGCGUUGUCAGGACAACGGCAGUGGCAGAACCGCGUUUACUCACAGCAGAAGGACUCCCGCCCUGCGCAGGUGCGCAGCCCGUCUCCUGAGGGGAGCCCCGUGUUUGUGGACCGGGUUCUGCAGAAGCACAUCACGGCCGUCACCCACAAGUCCACCAUCAAGACCAACCCCCUGUACCAGGACCCCCGGGGCGGCCGGGCUGACUCCAGGGCCAAGAGGCCCAAGCCCUCCUGGACCAUCCAGGACUUCGACAGACACUCACAGCGUCCCACCCUGGGGGGGUAUCUAAAGGAGGACCCGGGGGACCUGGGCUUCUGGCUGGAGGACCUGUACACCCCCGGCUACGACUCGCUGCUGAAGAAGGCAGAGGCUGAGCACAAGAGGAACAAGAUCUGCAAAGUGGUGACGCUGGUGGCUCUGUCCCUGUGCGCCAUCAUCGUGAUCGUCACUGUGCCAGUCCUGGUCGUACGGAGCAGCGGGUGA